AUGGAGUUGGGUUUUAUAUAAAAGCUAUUAAACAAAAAUAACAGAUGGUAGUUCUUAAAUUUGAAAAAAUUAUUCAAUAAUAAUUAUGAACAUGGACUUGCUGGAAUUUUAUUUUCGAGAUCUUAAAUUUAUUUUUAAAAUAUCAAUGCAUAUGAAGUUAUUUUUGAGGAUUAUGAUAGCUUCUUAAUAGAAGAUUAGAUAAUGAUUAUUUGA